AUGUACGUGUGUCUUGAUUUCGGCUCAGCACAUUGCAUGAACAUAGAUAGCCAGGAAGGGAAGGUUGGCCAAGCCAGCUGCCAAUCGGACGAAUUCCGCUGCCUCAAUGGCAAAUGCAUCCCCAUCACUUGGAAGUGCAAUUCCAUGGACGAAUGUGGGGACAACUCCGACGAGAAAAACUGCAGCCUCCCCCCGACGGAGCCCCAGUCCAACAUCUGCCCUUCGGGGACCUUCCAGUGCAACAUUCCCCAUUCCACCAAGUGCUUGUUGAACGAGCUGAAAUGCAACGCCGUGAAAGACUGCAGCGACGGCUCCGAUGAGGAAAAUUGCCCCGAUCUCUCCUGCGGCAAGAAACUCAGCAAUUUCUACGGCUCGUUCGCCUCGCCGGAUUUCUUCCGCCUGGACCGGAAUCGAGCCGACCUCUGUUGCACGUGGAAGGUGGACACGCAAGAUAACCGCCACGUCCUCCUGCAGCUCAGUUUGCAGCUGGGCUACAAGGAUUACGUGAAGGUGUACGACGGCUUAGAGGAGAAAGCCGACAAGCUGAUGGAGACGCUCUCGUAUCGGAACAAUAAGCACUCGGUCAGCCUGGAGUCCGCCAAGGGGCAGAUGACCAUCUUGUACUACGCCUGGUCGAAAAGCACCGGGCACGGGUUCAACGCGACCUAUCAAGUCAAAGGGUAUUGCCUUCCGUGGGAGCACCCGUGCGGGGACGAGGAGGAGUGUUACUCCGAUAAGCAGCACUGUGAUGGGUGGUGGCAUUGCGCCAACGGGAAGGACGAGGAGAAUUGUCCCGCCUGCCAGAAGAACGAGUACCCCUGCGAGGGGAAUAGCGGGCUGUGCUACUCCUUGCUCGACCGUUGUAACAACCAGAAGAACUGCCCCAACGGGUCGGACGAGAAGAACUGUUUUGUGUGCCAGCCGGGGAACUUCCAUUGCGGCACCAACCUCUGCAUUUUUGAGACCUGGCGUUGUGACGGCCAGGAGGAUUGCCAAGAUGGCAGCGAUGAGCACAACUGUUUGGUGAUCGUGCCCCGGAAGGUCAUCACGGCUGCGCUCAUCGGGAGCCUGGUCUGUGGGCUGCUGCUGGUGAUUGCCUUGGGUUGUGCCUUCAAGCUGUACUCCCUGAGGAGCAGGGAAUACCGG